AUGGACGCGCAGUGUUGCUUUCGCGGCUGCUCCAAGCCAGCCAUGCCGCAGUCCAACAAAUGCGCCUUUCAUCGCAACCGCCUCUGCUGCGCCGUGAGUACGUGCAACAACCAAGUGUACGCUCGUGGUCUCUGCGUUCGCCAUGGCGGCACCAAGCCGUGCCUCACCACGGGAUGCGACGCGAACGCCCGCACCGGCGGCUACUGCUCGCGCCACUCGCUUGUCAAUACGAAAAAACAGUGUGUCGAGGCAGGAUGUGCCAACAUUGCGCACUCGCGCAAGAAGUGCGUCCGUCACGGUGGCGGCCGCAAGUGCAAACUCGCCGAGUGCGAAACGCUCGCGCGCAUCGCUGGCUACUGCCAACGGCACUCCAAGCAGCUGCUCAAGGAUGCCGUCGCGACCAACGAGAUCGUCCCGGAUGCUUGGAUCGAGGACGCCAUGCCCAUGGACACGCUAGACGACCUCAUUCUCGACUUUGUCUUGAUCAGCACGACGACCGGACUUGUUGCCUCGGGCGAUAGUUUAUACAAGGACAUCGCCUAAGGCGCAGUGCCCUUUUAUGUUUAUAAGUUAUACAUGGCCAUUGAAUGCAAUUCACAAUACGGUAUGCUUGUCGCG